AUGGCUGACAAGCUGGCAUUUCUCCUUUUUGGAGACCAGUCGACUGACACUCAUGGCUUCCUGGCCGAGUUCUUCCGCCAACCCGAGCGAGGCAUUCUGGCCAACGCGUUCCUCGAGCAAGUCCGGCACGCUUUGAGGAAGGAGAUCGAGGGUCUGCCAAGGGUGGAGAGAUCCAAACUGCCCAAGUUUCUCAGCAUCCAGAACCUCAACGAGAGAUAUCAUGCACAAGGCUUGAAGCACCCUGGCGUCGAUGGAGCCCUGCUGUGCAUCUCCCAGCUGGCUCAUUAUAUCGACCAUGCCGAAAAGCACCACGAAGACGUUGUCCACCACGACAACACCUUCUUUCUCGGUCUCUGCUCAGGCAUGUUUGCCGCAGCAGCCAUCACCUCCACACCCACACUCUCAACCCUUGUCCCCGUUGCUGUCCAGGUUGUCUUGAUGGCUUUCCGCACCGGUAGACAUGUUGCUGCAAUGGCUGAACGACUAUGCCCGCCGGUCGAGCAUUCCGAGAGCUGGACCUACAUCUUCCCAGGGGUUAAGAAAGACCUCGCCGAGUCUAAACUCGAUGAGUUUCACCAGUCCAACGCGCUCAUCGAAUCACAUUGCCUGCCCGCCAAGGCGACAUCGAUACCAGUCUACGGGCCGUACCAUGCCGCUCAUAUCCACUCAGCAGCGGAUGUGGCAAGUAUUCUACGGUUAGAAGACGCGGUUGUCAAGGAUGUGUUUCACAAGACUAGUCCGAGAUCACCCAUCAUAUCUUGCAGCACUGGCAACCGGUUCGCCGAAUCCGACACAUUCUCGCUUCUUCAGGCAGUUGUUCGUGAAAUUCUUAAUGAUACCCUGGUUUUCAGCAAAGUCCUUGAUGGAUCUCUUGAGGCAGCGAAGAGCUUCGACGGAAAGACUGUCCUCGUCAUCCCCUUUGGCCCAACACAGAAUGCCGGCACAUUGGCAAGUCUGCUGAAAUCGACAACAAAGCACGAGGUGAUUCUUCGGAACCCGCCACGAAUUUCGAGAGAGAGCAUCAACUCGUCGAUCGGAAAUCAUGGGUCGUCUGGCAAGUGCAAGCUGGCUAUCGUCGGAAUGGCUGGCCGCUUUCCCGAUGCUGCAAGCCACGAGAAGCUCUGGGAGCUCCUCGAGAAAGGCUUGGAUGUCCACCGAGUCAUUCCUGCGGAUCGCUUCCCAGUCGCCACUCACGUUGACCCCACGGGGAAGGCUAUCAACACCAGCCACACGCCGUACGGAUGUUGGAUCGAGAAGCCUGGUCAUUUCGACCCGCGUUUCUUCAACAUGUCUCCUCGAGAGGCGUUCCAAACAGAUCCUAUGCAAAGGAUGGCGCUGACCACGGCCUACGAGGCUUUGGAGAUGUCGGGAUACGUGCCAAACAGGACGCCGUCGACGAGGCUGGACCGAAUUGGUACCUUCUACGGUCAGACCUCAGACGACUGGCGCGAGAUCAACGCCGCCCAAGAAGUCGACACCUACUUCAUCACAGGUGGUGUCCGAGCCUUUGGUCCUGGUAGAAUCAACUACCACUUCGGCUUCAGCGGGCCCAGUCUCAAUAUCGAUACUGCCUGCUCCUCGAGUGCUGCUGCUAUGAAUGUAGCCUGCUCGUCUCUUUGGGCUCGCGACUGCGACACGGCCAUUGUGGGGGGUCUCUCUUGCAUGACUAACUCCGACAUUUUCUCAGGGUUGAGUCGAGGGCAGUUCCUCUCCAAGAAGGGGCCAUGCGCUACUUUCGAUAACGAUGCAGAUGGGUACUGCAGAGGCGAUGGCUGCGCGUCGGUGAUUGUCAAGCGCCUAGAGGAUGCUGAAGCCGAUCAAGACCGCAUCCUUGCCGUCAUUCUUGGCACAGCGACAAACCACUCUGCUGACGCCAUCUCCAUCACGCAUCCUCACGGCCCUACGCAGUCAAUCUUGUCAUUUGCCAUCCUUGAUGAAGCCGGAGUCGACCCGCUCGAUGUCGACUACGUCGAGAUGCACGGCACUGGUACCCAGGCUGGCGAUGGAACGGAGAUGCUGUCUGUGACAAAUGUGUUUGCACCGGCGGAGCGGAAGCGGCCUGCAGACCGACCACUCUAUCUUGGCGCUGUCAAGGCGAAUGUAGGACACGGCGAAGCUGCAUCUGGCGUGACAGCUCUUUGCAAAGUUCUCAUGAUGAUGCAAAAGAACGCCAUCCCUCCACAUGUCGGUAUCAAGGGCGAGAUCAACAAGGGUUUCCCCAAGGAUCUCUCCGAUCGCAACGUCAAUAUUGCAUUCCACACAACUCCCUUCAAAAGACGGGACGGCAAGCCCAGGCGGAUCUUCAUCAACAACUUCAGCGCAGCUGGCGGCAACACCGGCCUGCUCCUGGAGGAUGCCCCAAGACUGGAAUCCGCAACAGAGGACGCCCGCAGCCACCACGUCGUCACAGUCACCGCAAAGUCCAAGGCCGCCAUGAUUCGAAAUGCGGAAAGGCUUGUCGCAUGGAUGCAAGAGCACCCGAAUACUCCUCUAUCUCAUGUGGCCUACAGCACUACUGCUCGCAAGAUUCAACACUACUGGCGCAUGAACGUGGCCGUCUCUAAUCUUUCCGAGGCACAAAACGCCAUCCAAGACCGGCUGAAGGAGCAAUUUUCCCCUGUCAACACACAACAGCCCAAGGUGGCGUUCUUAUUCACCGGCCAGGGCUCUCACUACGCCGGCCUCGGCAAGGAGUUCUAUGCCAACCAUUCUAUCUUCCGUCAAAGCAUCGACGAGUUUGAUCAGAUCGCACGCAUCCAUGGCUUUCCUUCCUUCAUGCCAUUGAUCGAUGGCAGUGAGCAGGACAUGACCAAGUUGUCCCCAGUUGUCGUUCAACUUGGGCUCUGCUCGUUCGAGAUGGCUCUGGCAAGACUGUGGGCAUCGUGGGGCAUCGAGCCAAGCGUUGUGCUUGGACACAGCCUGGGCGAGUAUGCUGCUCUCAACAUCGCUGGUGUCCUGUCUGCUAGCGACACGAUCUACCUCGUCGGUGCUCGUGCUCGUCUCCUGACAGAGAAGUGUACCGCUUUUACACAUGCCAUGCUUGCCGUCCAAGGCGCUGUUGAUACCGUCAAGGAGGCACUUGGUGAGAAGGCACAGCUUGUCACGGUGGCGUGCGUCAAUGGCCCGCGGGAGACUGUUCUCGGCGGUGAAGCCGCGCAGAUGACUGAUAUCUCCUUCCAGUUGAGCGCUGCUGGCUUCAAGUGCACUCAAUUGAAUGUGCCUUUCGCCUUCCACUCUGCUCAGGUCGAUCCGAUUCUUGAAGACUUUGAGGCGCUGGCUCAGUCAGUCAAAUUCAAUACCCCGAAAAUUCCUGUCAUCUCUCCUCUCCUGGGAAAGAUGGUCGAGUCUGAGGCCAUCAACCCCGCAUACCUCCGGAACCACGCCCGCGACGCCGUCAACUUCUUGGGCGGCCUGGUUCAUGCCCAACAGUCCGGGGCCAUCGACGAGCACACGGUCUGGCUGGAGGUCGGUCCCCACCCCGUCUGCGCCAACAUGGUCAAGGCUGCUUUCGGCGUGGCAACUAUCGCGGUGCCGACCGUGCGUCGCAAUGAGACUGCCUACAAGACGCUCAGCACCUCUCUCUGCACACUGCACUCGGCUGGUUUGAACAUGGACUGGAGCGAGUUCCACAGUGACUUCUCAUCAUCUGUUCGCAUUCUGGAUCUUCCCAGCUACUCCUUCGACGAGAAGAAUUACUGGCUGCAGUACACUGGCGAUUGGUCUCUCACCAAGAACCGUGCUGCUCUGCCUACCGCCCCCGCUGCGAUUGAGCCUGCUAAACCAAAGCUGUCUACAAGCUCAGUUCAUUCAAUCGUCAGCGAGGAGGUCAAGGGUGAUAUUGUCACCGUGGAGACCGAGUCCAACAUGUCCCGAGAGGAUCUGCGCCUCGUUGUCAGCGGCCACUUGGUGAAUGGCGCGCCUCUGUGCCCAUCAUCUCUUUACGGCGACAUGGCCAUGACCAUCUGUGACUAUGCCUACAAGCUGGUCCGCCCGGAUGCUGACAACAUCGGCUGCAACGUCGCUCAGAUGGAAGUUCCCAAGAGCCUCAUUUUCGAUGAUUCGAUUGAGAAGCAUGUCCUCCGUGUCAAGGCUACUGCCAACGUAGGCGCUGGCUACGCAGACCUUGUUUUCUCCACUGGAGAAGGUGCAAAGAAGACCGAUCAUGCCAACUGCAAGGUCUACUAUGGACGUGCCGAGGAUUGGGCCAGCGAGUUCGAGCGUGCUGAUUACCUUAUCAAAGGUCGCAUCGAGUCACUCAAGGCAGCUGAGAAGAUUGGCCAGGCCUCCAAGAUUGGACGAGGCCUUGCCUACAAGCUCUUUACGGCUCUUGUCGACUAUGACCGUCGCUACAGAGGCAUGGAGGAGGUCAUCCUCGAUAGUGACACUUGCGAAGCCACAGCCAAGGUUGUCUUCCAAUCAUCUGAGAAGGAGGGCUCCUACAACUUCAGCCCCUUCUUCAUUGACAGCUUAUGCCACAUUUCCGGAUUCAUCAUCAACGGCACUGAUGCAGUUGACUCCCGGGAGCAAGUCUUCAUCUCGCACGGCUGGGGCUCAAUGAGGUUUAUUGAGACUCCAGUGGCUGGCAAGGACUACCGUUCGUAUAUCCGAAUGCAGCCCGUGAAGGGCACCAAGAUGAUGGCAGGUGAUGUGUAUGUCUUCGAUGGUGAGAGGCUCAUCGGCAUCACUGGCGACAUCCGCUUCCAAGCUAUUCCUCGCAAGGUUCUCAACAUCGUCCUGCCACCUCGCGGGUCUGCAGCUGCACCUGCUGGCGCUCGCCCUGCUCCCGCUGUCAAACCCGCCGCCAAGUCUGCCCCAGUCAAGGAGAAGAAGAUGCUCACUCCAACCAACCUGUCUCAAGUCAAUAAGAAGUUAGCAUCUGUCGUCUCUCAGGUCAUGGACAUUUUGGCGAAGGAGGUUGGUGUCAGCCAUGACGAGCUUGCUGACAACAUCGCCUUCGCCGAUCUGGGUGUCGACUCACUGAUGGGUUUGACCGUGUCUGGUCGUAUCCGUGAGGAAUUGGACCUUGACAUUGACUCUCACGUCUUCGUCGAGCAUUCGUCAAUUGGUAGCUUCAAGUCGUACUUGCAGCAGUUCGAGAAGCCUGGUUCCAUAGGGAUCCUUUCUUCUGGCGACUCUGCCGACUCCAGCUCUGAGACUGAGACACCCGAGCUGAUGGACUCUGAGUCCGACGUCACUACACCUGAUGACGAGUCAGAGAAUCUCGAAAUCAAAGGCGAGACUGCUCCCAAGGAGGGUAGCGGGAACGCUGCUAGUCUGAGAUUAGCCAUUCGGGAAACCAUCGCUUCCGAAAUGGGUGUUGAGGUUGAGGAGAUCAUCGCAGCUCCUGACCUGGCCAAUCUUGGCAUGGACUCCCUGAUGAGUCUCUCCAUCCUUGGAACUCUGAGAGAAAGGACCGGCCUCGACAUCCCCUCAGACCUUUUCGUCGCCAAUCCAUCUCUCAAAGAUGUUGAACGGUCUCUAGGAAUCAAUGAGGCACCAAAGAAAGCGGCACCUCCCAAGUCUGCUGUGAAGCAGGUCAAGUUCGAGGCCCCACAGCCGUCUGCGUCCCAGAAGCUUUUGCCUCCAUCGAUGGUGACUGCCACCAUCCCAAAGCCACCUCGUCCCUCGCGCAUUGUUGACGAUUUCCCAAAUCGCAAGGCGUCCUCUGUGCUCUUGCAGGGAAGCCACCGUACUGCUACAAAGCACCUCUUCAUGGUACCGGAUGGUAGCGGGAGUGCAACAUCAUACACUGAAAUCUCCAAUGUCUCGCCUAGCUGGGCUGUAUGGGGUCUCUUCUCCCCAUUCAUGAAGACUCCCGAGGAGUAUCACUGUGGUGUCUACGGAAUGGCGAGCAAGUUCAUCGAGGAGAUGAAGCGACGCCAGCCUGCGGGACCCUACAGUCUCGCUGGAUGGUCAGCAGGAGGUGUGAUCGCGUACGAAAUCGUCGUGCAGCUGACACAGGCCGGCGAGCGCGUAGACAACCUGAUUAUCAUCGAUGCGCCCUGCCCCGUCACCAUCGAGCCACUUCCGGCGGGUCUGCAUGCCUGGUUUGCCAACGUUGGACUACUUGGCGAUGGUGACGAGAAGAAGAUUCCCGGGUGGCUGCUUCCGCACUUCGCUGCCUCGGUGACUGCGCUGAGCAACUACACCGCGGAGCCAAUCCCCAAGGACAAGUGCCCCAACGUCAUGGCGAUCUGGUGCGAGGACGGUGUUUGCCACUUGCCUUCAGACCCAAGACCUGACCCAUAUCCGACUGGACAUGCCUUGUUCCUGCUGGACAACAGGACAGACUUCGGACCCAACCGGUGGGACGAGUACCUGGAUGUGAACAAGAUGACCAUGAGGCACAUGCCUGGCAACCACUUCUCAAUGAUGCAUGGUGACCUGGCCAAACAACUUGGCUCGUUCCUCAAAGAGGCCCUUCUGUAA